AUGCUCUUCUCUUUAAGUCAAUUCAUAUCUAUCUAUCUAUCUAUCUAUCUAUCUAUCUAUCUAUCUAUCUAUCUAUUUACGUUUACGAAUAAUUUCGUCAUUAACUGUAUCUAUAAUUCUGUUCCUAUCUAUCUAUCUAUCUAUCUAUCUAUCUAUCUAUCUAUCUAUCUCCUUAUGCUGAAACACCGAAUUUCUUGCUCAAUCUCAAUAUUUAUUUAUUCUAUCUAUCUCAAUAUGUUUAUUUACUUAUAUCUAUCUCUCCAUCUCUAUCUAUCGCAAUAUACUUAUAUCUAUCUAUCUAUCUAUCUAUCUAAAUACGUUUAUUUAUGUCUAUGUUUAUUUCUAUCUAUCUCAAUAUGUUUAUUUACUUAUAUCUAUCUCUCUAUCACCAAUAUACUUCUAUCUAUCUAUCUAUCUAUCUAUCUAUCUAUCUAUCUAUCUAUCUAUCUAUCAUUAACUGCUAUUAAAAAGCAAAACGUCAGGAGAAAGAGCAUUUUGCUUUUUUUAAAAAAAAAACUGUAUGUAAUUAUACAAUCUAUCGAAAUCAGUCUAUUCAUAUCUAUCUAUCUAUCUCAGUCUUUUCAUAUCUAUCUAUCUAUCUCAGUCUUUUCAUAUCUAUCUAUCUAUCUAUCUAUCUAUCUAUCUAUCUAUCUCAGUCUGUUCAUAACUAUUUAUCUAUCUAUCUAUCUAUCUAUCUCAUCUGUUCAUAACUAUUUAUCUAUCUAUCUAUCUAUCUAUCUCAGUCUGUUCAUAACUAUUUAUCUAUCUAUCUAUCUAUCUAUCUAUCUCAGUCUGUUCAUAACUAUUUAUCUAUCUAUCUAUCUAUCUAUCUAUCUAUCUCAGUCUGUUCAUAACUAUUUAUCUAUCUAUCUAUCUAUCUAUCUAUCUAUCUAUCGAAAUCUGUCUAUUCAUAUCUAUCUAUCUAUCUAUCUAUCUAUCUAUCUAUCUAUCUAUCUAUCUAAAUCAUCUAUUCAUAUUUAUCUAUCUAUCUAUCUAUCUAAAUCAGUCUAUUCAUAUUUAUCUAUCUAUCUAUCUAAAUCAGUCUAUUCAUAUUUAUCUAUCUAUCUAUCUAUCUAUCUAUCUAAAUCAGUCUAUUCAUAUUUAUCUAUCUAUCUAUCUAAAUCAGUCUAUUCAUAUUUAUCUAUCUAUCUAUCUAUCUAUCUAUCGAAAUCUGUCUAUUCAUAUCUAUCUAUCUAUCUAUCUAUCUAUCUAUCUAUCGAAAUCUGUCUAUUCAUAUCUAUCUAUCUAUCUAUCUAUCGAAAUCUGUCUAUUCAUAUCUAUCUAUCUAUCUAUCUAUCUAUCUAUCUGAGAAUAUUCCUGAUCGAUUCUAUCUAUCUAUCUAUCUAUCUAUCUAUCUAUCUAUUUAACCUGAAAAGAAAACAAAUCAGUCUCUCUCUUUCCCCCCCACCUCUCUCUCUCUCUCACGCAAACACAUAUCCGUAUACCGUGUAUAUCUAUCUAUCUAUCUAUCUAUCUAUCAAGAAUUUAUUCCAUUGUGUCAUUCAACAACCCAUUGUUAGUGUGAUAUUUGAAUACCAUGUCUCAUUUUCUAUCUAUCUAUCUAUCUAUCUAUCCGAACCGCCUUCACAGCCAUAUGCUUCAUUUAUGUCGAAAGGUAACAUUCACAACACUAUCUAUCUAUCUAUCUAUACAUGUCUAUCUCAGUCUAUUCAUAAAUUAUCUUUCUUUCUAUCUAUCUAUCUAGCUAGCUUCUAA